UUCCUAACUAUAAAUACCCUUUCUUCCUCCCUUUUAAAAUCCUAAAGACUCGACAUUCCCUUUUCCUCGAAAAUCUCUCUCUCUGAAAGAAGAUGCCUGCAGGAACGCUCGAAGUUCUUCUCGUCGGUGCCAAAGGCCUCGAAAACACCGAUUUCCUCUGUAACAUGGAUCCUUAUGCGAUUCUCAUUUGUCGCACUCAGGAGCAGAAAAGCAGUGUGGCGUCAGGUAAAGGAACUGAGCCGGAAUGGAAUGAGAACUUUGUAUUCACAGUUUCUGAAGGUGUUUCAGAGAUGACUAUCAAGUUAAUGGACAGUGACAACUUUAGUUCGGAUGAUUUUGUGGGAGAAGCGACCAUUCCCUUAGAACCAUUGUUCAUGCAAGGGAGCAUCCCACCAACUGUUUAUAACGUGGUGAAGGACCAGGAAUAUUGUGGAGAGAUCAGAGUCGGCCUCACCUUUACUCCAGAGGAAAGAGGGGAACAGCGAUAUGGAACUGGCGAACAGCGAUAUGGAACCGACGAACAGCGAUAUGGAACUGGGGAACAGCGAUAUGGAACUGGUGAACAGCGAUAUGGAACCGACGAACAUGGCGGAUGGAAGGAAUCUUCGUGAGAAAGAAGAGAAGUCUCUUUGAAGGUGAGAUCGACGCUGCAUCAUUACAAGAGAGACGGUUUGGGGGCAUGAACGAUCCAUUCAGCUUCAGCUUUUGUUGAACUCGAGUUUGGGUAAAUUACAAUAUUACAGACUCUGAUUUGAAUUGAAAAUAAAUGAAAAACCGGUAGAUUAAGAGAAAAUGUUUGAAGAAAAAAGAAAGUAAAAGAAAAGCUAGAAAGACUUUGAUUUGGUUUUGGAAUCUUGAUUUUUAGGUUGAUUGA